GCUAUUUGAGCGAUCGCCUUGACGGUACUUAUCACAGCGUUGCCUUGAGGCGCUGGUGACAGGUGUACGGCAUAGACGAGCUGUUGCAACACCAUCUCGUGCACACAUGAUCCAGAAUCUGUGUAGCAUGGUAGUAAAGCUAUCGGUCUCGUGCAAGUCCUGCUGAGAAGGCGACAAAGCCGAUUACCAUGAUAAAGAUCCUCCGCAGCCGCCUUCCAGCGGCCCAAGCACACUCAUCCAUUCGUACACAACUCACGAUCUCCGACGACAACAAACAUGAAGCUUGCCGCCCUAUCUAUCGUACUGGGCACUGUUGCAGCCAUUCCGCUUGCCAUCGGCGAAGAGGACAGCGUCGUGCUCAGUGUGCUUUCGCACGACAACUUUAUCGCUGAAACAACUUGCAGCUGGAGCAGCAAAGGCAACACAGACAAGACCAAACCAUGCCUCAAUGCCAUUAUCAAGAAUCUCACACAGGAUUUUCUUGCUGCAUACCAGGAAGCAUCGCCAGUGGAUCAGAAUGUGGACGCCCCGCGCUCUGUCCAGCAAGGCAACGCCCAAUUCAACGUCAGCGGAAUCGUCGGCAACUUCUACUGGCUUUCUCUCAGCAGCGAGGCUUAUGAUCACUUCAACAAGUCACCCGCAACUGUGGAGCUGAUUGCAAGUUCCCUCAGCGACUAUGUCCUUGAAUACAACGCCACGGAGAUUUGCGUCGACUUCAGUACUGGCAAAGCCGGUCGUGGUGAUAUCAUCGCGAACGGUGUCAUGACUUUUGGUUGGGGCCUGGAGCCGUUCUACUAUGCUGAUCCAACGCUUUUGGAGAGGAGGCUCAAGCAGGACUGUCAGAUUGGCAACAUGCGCAUGUAUGCCACGCACUACCGUGAGGUGCCUCUGGUCUGAGGAGGGAUAAUUUUGGAUUGUCUGGGGAGGAGUAUACUUAAGUUGCUUCGUCUAAAGAGUGAUGCGGUCUCCCGUCCCAACGCUAGACUGAGAGGCAGGGACUCCACCUUGAACCGGAGAGAGUGGUACCUGCGGCUAUGUCUCUAAACCAAGGGCUGAGGUUUCUU